AUGAGUACUGAAAUUGUUGGAUGUAACAAGGUUGCUUCCAAGAGUGAAGAUGGUCGCGUGGAGUCCCAAAUUCAGCACAUGAAAAGUCAGUUGGAGUACUUGAAUGAUGCGCUGAAAGAGGUGAAGGAGGUGAACCGGGAAUUGUCCUAUUUGCUUUCCAAACAGCAAGAGAAGGUUGCGAGCAAUCUCAAUCUUAUAGCUGAAGGUAUGAAAGUUUUAUGUGACCGUUUUGAAGUGAAACAAGUGCCCUCAUAUGCUGAGGCGAAAGUGAAGUUGCUCGAGUGUAAGCAGAAUGGUAGAUCCAUUGAAUCUUACUAUGAGGAACUAGAAGGCAUGUUCCUAAGCUCCAAUGUGGAUGAAAAUGAUUACAUGUUGACAGAUAGUUUCUUCUAUGGGUUGGAGAAGGAGUAUAAACAGAACCCGAAGAUAAGACAUCAAUCAAGGCUUUAUGAGGCAUAUUUCGCUGCCUUGGAGGUGGAAAAAGAGCAUGAUGCUUCUUGUGGUUGGAAUGGUUCCGGCGGGGACCAAGGGUUGGUGUUUGGCACUGAUGGUGGCGAUCAAAGGACAUGUAUCUUCCGUACCAAGUGUUCGAUUGGGUGGUCCGGUGACGUUGAUCUAGUAAUCGACCGUGGGUCGAGUACUAAUUGUGUUAGUGAAGAGUUUUGCAUGGCACAUGGAAUCAAAAUGGAUCCGCAUACUAAUCCAUAUACGCUACAAUGGGUGAGCGAGGACAUGGUGGUGGAUGUCACUAUGGUUACCUUUGAAAUUGGCCAAUCAAGGAAGAAAGGAUGGAGCUUGACUACCUAUGUGAUAGGGAGUUGGUUCAAGGGAGCUAUGAUCAAGAUGGAUGAGAAUGUCAUUAACUUUGGGGCUCAAACCAAAGGAGAUGAUUCACUCAUAGAAAUAAGUGUUCAAGAGUAUCAAGGGAGUUUGACUCUAGCGGAAGCUGUCCAACUGCAAUGGAAGGAGAAGGUUGUUUUAGGCUUUCAUGUGGAAGGUGGCAAAAAACAACAGAAGGAGAAGAUUGUGUCUGUGGCUAAACCGGUGGCCGCGGCCAUUGCAAAUCAUUCAGGUGGUGGAACAAAGAGAAAAGCUGAAUCAUCAUGUCCUGCAGUGGAGGAGGAGGAAGCGAGUAGUAGGGGAAAUAAAAGAAGGAAUAUUUUUGUUUGGAGUUGCAACAUUUGUGAAGUAAGUACCACGAGUGAGAAACACAAGUCCAAGGAAGCAUCCGUCACAAAGUUAAAGCACAAGAAUUCAGACAUUAUUGAUGAGCUCGGGGGAGACGCGCCGGAGAUUGGCCAAAGUGAUGAAAAGAACAUAGGAGCCGAGCAUGAAGAUGUGAUGGAAGCUCAUCCAAAGGUAAAAAGCACGCCAAAUCCACCCAAAAGGCUAUGA